AUGACAACGAUCGAUCAAAUGGAUACAUCUUUAUCAUUCAUAUUGAAACAAGAACAAGGAGAGUUUGAGGAUAUCGAUGAUGAUAAUAUUAGUCUUGAGGAUAUUAACCAUCUCCUGUCAAUAUCAAUACCCUCACUUUCAACAAACAAGUUUCAUAUUCCCACCGAUCCAAAUGAUGAGUUUCUUCGGUUAUCUACUACGGCAUGUUUCCUGUUCGUGCUGUAUAUUUUUCAUAUCUUCAUAAAUGUUUACUUACUAAUUACAUCCUCUGUUAUAAAGAGAAGGAUGAAGAGAUUCCGAGUAACCAAUUGAAAAUGUGUGCAAAUCAAAUGGAAUUGCUUGCAGUACGAUCAUCUUUAGAAGCCUCUUUAUAUAGGCAAAAUAUAUUGAAAUUGAUUUCAGAUGUAAAAUCACAUACAUUAGAAAAAAAGGCCUAUAAAAAAUUAGUGAUAUUUUUAGAAACUCCACCAUCUAAAGUAGAUAUUGGAGUUCAAACAAUUAAUUCAUGGGCGGAGUUACAAAAAGCAGACAAUAUUCAAAGUAUUUGUAUCACAUCUAAUUCUAAAGAGUUGCCCUCCAUAAAAGAAACAUCAAAAUCUAAAAAAGAGAAUGUAAAUGUGAAAACUAAAGAUUAUGUAGAUGAUAUAUCCUCUCAAUUAACUGUCUGUAAUAAUACAGCUUCACCCACUAUCAAUUCUACUAGUUUUAAUGAUAUAGAACACAAUAAAAUUAAUAAUGAAUCAGAUGAAGAGACAUGCUAUAAAAUGUUAGUAAAUGAAGAAACAAUUGCAAAUCAAUUCAAUAUUCAGAUGAAUGAUGAGAAUUCACAGGAUUCUCUUUUGCAACACAUGGAAAAUAUGUUUUGCGAUAGUGAUGAUAGUAGCGAUCUUACGACAUUAAUCGAGAAACAUUCAGGUGUUACUGAAGCUAAUAUGGAUAAAGAAAUUAAUGCUCUUCUUCCAUACAAUUCUAAUGGUUUUAUUAAGACAUAUGAAAAUAAUGAUAUGAAGAUAAAUUCUGUAGAAAAUGAGACACUGGAAAAUAAGCAAAAACGAAGAAUAAACAGUAUUUGGUUUGUUGAACGUGUAUAUCAAGUAUCAAAACUAAAGGCAAAGAUGACAGAAUUAUCUUUAAAAAAUUAUAGAAAACAUGGAAGAGUUAAAGAAAAAUUUAUUGAAUUAUUUGGAGAAACUGAUGAGGAAAUGAUGCCAGAUUCACCAAUUUGUAUAGAAGAACAUUUAACGGCAUGUAAGGAAAGAAUAGCACCAUGGAUCGUAAAACACUUAAUGCCAUUCUACAAAAAACGAAGGAUUAAAAAUAGACAGCUUUUUAAAGUGGUUGCAAAGCAUAUAGCUGAUAUGCUUAUUAUUGAAAAUACAUUUCCUGGUUAGUAUCUAAUAAAAUAUAUUAUUAACAUAUUUGAUAAAAGUAUUUUUAUAUUCAGCAUGUAUUUUAUUUCUAUUUUCUAGAACAAGACUGUGUAAGUAAGUAUAUAGAAACAUAUUUCAAAAAUAAAAAAUUCAUUAGAACUAAACAGGAUGUGUACUUAUAAACACAUGUUACGUAAUUGGAUUUGUUAUAUAUAGAAGAAAUGUCACAAAAUGUUUCAUAUAAUAUAAAUUAUCGAUAUUACAUUUGUUUAAAUUUCAAAGGUUCUAAGCUUGACAUUAAACAAAGAGUGGAAUUACAUAUUUUAUUAUAACGAAAAUAAAUACAAUAGUAUUUAUGUAUGUUAAAUAUGGAGUAUAUAAACAUAUUUAAAAUGAAUGAAGUAUAAAUAGAAAAGAACAAUAAUUUUGCGAAUUUUUAAUAUUGAAUUUUGAAUUUGCAAUGGUGCUUCUUUUUAUGAAAAGUUUUAUAUACGUCUUGAAAAUAAGUUCUAUUAAAAUUUUCUUAUUUAAAUGUUAGAACUUUAAAAAUGAUAUUUAAGUGACAGUCUUAAUCUUUGUUUUUUAUUAUUUAUAUUAAUAUACAAUUUUUCGUAUGUACAUGUGUAUUUGUAUAUACACGUAAAUAUAUUUAUUUUAUAUUAAGAAGAAAAGGAAAAUAUAUUUAAUAAAAGCAUCAUUGUAAUACAAACUAUAAUUUAAAUGAAACACUGUAAAAUAGUUUAAUUUAUACCCUGUACAUAGUCCCUUUAAUAAUUAUAAACAUUCAAAAUGUGUUGCUUCUAAUGUAAGUUUAGAAAUAUAAAUAUAAAAACACAAUGUACAAAUUAUUAAUUUUACUUUUAUAUUCAACACAGAAGUAACAUUAUUCCUGCAUCCUAUUCUCACAAUAAAAUAAGGAGUAUAACAAGGAGAUUCAAAACGUUUUAGUUAUAUAUAUAUAUUUUAUCAUUAAUAAACAAAGAUUCAAGUUUAGUAAAUUUUAGAUUUUUAACAGUAUUUCUUAUGCAGAAAAUAUCAAAUUAUAAACAAUUUUUAAGAGGUUUACCUCUGUUCUAAAAUCAAUUUAUCUUAUCAUUUAUUUGCAGUAGCACUGUUUACAAAUAAACUUAUUGCUAUUUACGAGUUAUCCAAUAGAAAACAAUGUAGUAAAGUAUUAAAUAUUAAAUUUAUUUUACUACAUUGAUACUAUCCAUAUACAAAAAAUUGAUAAAGCUAUUAUUUAAAAAAGUCAAAUUUUCAUUAUAUUUUCUAUUGAACAACUUGUAAAUAAACAGCUUUCAUCUUAAUAUUUUAUUUUUUAAGCCAUAUUUUAAAAUCCAUAAUUUCGCAUGUUUAUAUAUUAAUUGAACUGUUGUAUAUAAUAUUGCAAUUUUUGAAAAUAAAAAAUGUCAUUUUAUAAGUUUUUGAUCGAAACCGGCAUAAUUAUAACAUUAUCAAAAGAGAAAAAUAAUAAAAAGAAAAAAACUUUAUUAAUUAUAUUAUUUUUUUCUAUCACUGAUAAUGAUAUGAAUAAUAAGAUCCUUCCAAAUAUUUUAUUGUGUGUUCGAAACACAACAAUCUCUGAAAAACAAGUUCUAAUUCAACAUCACAGUGAAAAGCUCGAUUAAAUAUUGCAUAAAUAUAGAAGGAUCUUAGUAAGUAAAUUUAACUUAAAGAUUUAAAAUAACCUUUCAAAUAUAACUUUAUACAUUCAAGGUGGAGAGGGAGGAAAAUAUAUGUACUUGCAAUAAAUCUUAUUAUAACUUAUGUAUUACGUAUUUUUCCAGGUACGUAGUUCUUGUCUAUUACAGGUUCUUGCAAAAACAUAUGUAAACAUCUUUCAUUCUGUGCUAGUGGAUGUCCUGCUAUUCUGAAAUAUCAUGUAAGAUUUUUGCUUUAAUUCAACUAAUAUUUUUAUGUGCUAAACAUGAAUGAAAUGUAUAUUUAACUCAAUGUAUACUUACUUAUUAACAAAUGCUUCUAGACCUUUCCUCCGAUCUUCAAUAAAAUCUUCUUCAAAAAUACCAUCAUCUCCUCGAAAAGGCAUUUGACGUUUCCAAGCCUUUCCUGGCAAUGGAGGCACAACUAUCUAUAAAUUUAACAAGCGUUUCUUAUUUACCAGUAUAGUCCUUUUAAUAAAAAACAAAAAAUAGUUUUUCUGAUACUAUUAUGAGAUAUCAUUCGUUUAAUGGAAUUUAACUUUUAUUUUUAUUUGUUUUACAUAUACUUUAUCAGCUGACCUUGCUAUCUCUUUCUAAUUCGGUCCUCAACCAUUCAAAAUCGCUAUAUCUUCUCCUCACUGUGGAAUCUUUCACUUUAAAAACUGGUAAAUUUGUCUGAAAUGAAAUUUUUUUUUUAUUAUUAGCAUUUAUUGUAUAAUACAAUUUAUUUAUUAUUAGCAUUUGUAGUAUAAUACAAUUUAUUUAUUAUUAGCAUUUGUAGUAUAA